GGGGGGUUUGGAGACUCCAGGAGCGCAAUUGCGCACUUUUUUCCUCCUCCUUGCGAAGAUUUCCCUGAUAGAGGUAAAGGUGUGAUGUUGAACAUGAACGGGCAUCAAUCACCCAUCUUCGAGGAGAAGAAGCCCUCCCUGCCCAUGGCUGUGACCUCUGCCGCCAAGGAUUCUCCGACCCCGCCGGAGUCCUCCACUGACAUGAACUUCUACAGCGGACAGACCGCUCUCCACACUUCCCAGGACUUCUACCCCCAGCCCUACGCGGCGCAGCCCGUCAACCCGUACACGUACCACCACUACAACCUGAACGGAGUGGCUCCAAGCGGCGCUUAUCCUGUUGCCAAAGCGGAAUACACGUACCCGCAUCACUCGGCGUACACGGAGCGCGAGCCUUUCAGCGUGGAGGCGCAAUCAGCGCUCCAGGACGGCGUCAAACAGGAGCCGGACACGGAGGUUCGGAUGGUCAACGGAAAGCCCAAGAAGGUGCGCAAGCCUCGGACCAUCUACUCCAGCUUCCAGCUGGCUGUCCUGCAGAGGCGAUUCCAGUCCGCCCAGUACCUGGCUCUGCCGGAACGGGCUGAACUGGCGGCACAGCUGGGCCUGACACAAACACAGGUCAAAAUUUGGUUCCAGAACCGACGCUCUAAGUUUAAGAAGCUGUACAAGAAUGGAGAGUUUCCACUUGGCGACAUUCCUCUUGAACACAGCCCAGAUGCCAGUGAUUCCAUGGCCUGCAACUCUCCUCCAUCUCCGGCUGUCUGGGAAAACAACACAAACAACAAUGACAGCAACAACAACAACAUAAACAGCAACAACGGUAGCAUCAACGAUAAUACAAGGCUGGAUCCCACCGGUAGGGGUCAGGCUCCAUGUCUGGCUCCACCUGAUCCUGCACAAGCAUACAUGGGGGAGUACACACACCAGAACUGGUACCAACAGCAGGGUGCACGUUUAGGUCUGCAACAGGUUCCCACACACCACGUGCCAUCAACAGCACCACCAGCCACAUCAAGCAUGGGCGCCGUCUACUGAAACAGCAAAUUUUUUUAUUUGAACACAAGUUGUGAAUGGUUUCAGGUGACCGGGAACAUCUCAACAGUGAUCAGCAAAAUAUGGACUGCAACUGUAAAUAUGAAGUGCAAAUGUAAGGUACCGCGUUUUCAUUGGCCACAAAGUUUUGGAACUCAGAGACUGAGUUGGCGUCUUAUAGCGCCUGACUGACUUUUAGUGAAAUCAGUCAAAAUUGUGUACAAUAUUUAAUAUUCUGAAAUAGGACAUUUUCAUACCUUGGUUUGGAUUUUUUUCUUCCUGUCUGGAACAUCUUUUUCUGCUUUAGUGUGAAACACAUACUACUGAAUUUCUCUCACUAUUAGCACCCAUUAAAGUCACCACGUGAGCAUCAAAAACAGAAACAUCAGUCUUGUAAUUUACCAAACCAUGAGAACACCUAAUUCCUUUGUUUCCUGCUGUUUUAGUCAGACAAAUUAAAAAUAAAGAGGCACCCAAUGUUUUCCUGGGUUUAUCCCGGACAGCUGCCAGUGAAUCACAAACAAUCACACCAACUGAGGCCAAUUUUGAUGAAAAGUACAAGGUGACCCCAAAAGACAGAACCUAUAAAACUUGUAAUAAAUCUUACAAACUUCAGUCUGUGUAUGAUCAUAAUAUCUGUGUACUCUGCAUAAAAAUCAUGUUCUCUCAAAAUUAUGCUUCAAAUGGUAUGAUUUGUUGGCGAAAUAGGCCUCCGGGCAAAAUGUCUUUUCCUUGGUUGACCAAGGUUGUUGGGGAAGAUGAUUGGAACAAUAGCGUAUUUCAAUAAAUUUGCUGGACCUUUGUAGGAUUUCUUACAAGUUUUAUGGGAUUUGUUUUGUUUUUUGUUUUGUUUUUUUGGGGGGGGGGGGUCACCCUGUAUCUUUACACAAACUCACACCAAAUUAAAAAAGAGGAAGAAAAAAAUCUGUUGGAUUCACGUGAUAUAAAUAUGUGCAUUAGUUGCACAUUAUGAUCACGUGCAAGUAAUGUACGGAAGUCAUGUCCCCUCCAGUGAUUAGCAUUUUACAGGGGGAUGGUGGACAAGUGGUUAGUGCACUUAGCUUCAGUGCAGAAGGUUCCUGGUUCAAACCCCACCCCCUGCCACAUUUCUCCAUGUAAUGUGGCGUUACAUCAGGAAGGGCAUCUGGGGUAAAACUUGUGCCAAUUCACCAUGUAGAGCCAUCUCAGAUUUGCUGUGGCGGCCUCAAGUGCAAAACAAGGGAGCAGCCAAAGGCACUUACACAGUGCAUUAGCAUUUUCACAAUAGGGCAUCACAGUUUUUGUUUAACCUUUCUGCAGAUCAGCUGUAAUGCCUGUAAAAUCUUUCAAAAAGCAUAAAUGACUUUUAUGCAAUUUUUUACACAGUCAGUCAUCUGCACAAUGUGGUAGUAGGACUCUGGAGGAUCCUUGGGUACCAAUUCAGUGAUGCUGCAUCAAACAAGUAGUUAUUUAAGGAGAUUUAAUGAGGAGUAUCACUUGCAUCAUGAGGAAACAGCAGAUAGAUGGUUAAAUUUGAGAGGUGAGGAUGGACUGGUUGUCUG